AUUUCUCUCUUUUUUUGAGUAGAAACGAGAUGGCGGAGAAGUUCAAAGUCGCGCGAAUGUUUGGGAAAGUGGUGAACAAAGUCAAGCCGAUUGUCUUCGAAGGUGCGUGGGUGCCGAAACCGACGUCAUACGCGUUAUCCGAGCUAGAAGCUAAAAAGUUGAACUUGAAACCAGUCAAGAAAAUCACUGUGCGCUUUGAUCCUUUCGAAGCAUCGUCGACAAACGCGAGAUGGUUUUUGUACCUCACGAGUGACGUUUUGUUGCGAGAAACAAACCUCAAGUGUUCCUUCAAAGUUGAUGUCGUGAACGAUCGGUUACCUUCUCAAAUCGGGGUGGAAUUGGAAAAUGGACAGAAACUCAAAAUUCUGCCCGCAAAUCUGACGCCGUUGGAAAUCAUGAAGGAGAUCAACUCAGUUGUGCUUCCGCUUGUUCCUCCGCCGCUGGAAGAAUCCAAAAUUGUCCAGACAAAAGCAACGAAGAAGCAGAAGCGAUAA